GUUUAUGCAAAGAUAAGAUGAACAAGCCUAUAAAAGCAGAACAGAUUGGAAGUUAGAUUCAUUUACUUACUAACCAUGCCUUGUUCGUGGCGAAGAGGUAGAAGCAGGAGUAGAAGACGAAGAAGUCGCAGCCGAAGCAUGUCUCUGAAACCUCGACGAUCCAGAUCGAGAAGAAGAAGCUCAAGGAGAUCCCUCUCCCGAUCACGCAGACGAUCCCGACGAGACGUCGUCGAUCGCGUCGCUCAAGAUCUCGUCGUCGUUCAAGAUCUAGAAGAUCAAGAUCUUACUCUAGAAGAAGAAGCCGAUCGCGAAGACGAAGAAGAGGAAGUCGCAGAUCUCGUAGAUCCAGGAGGUCGAGACGCUCAAGAAGAACAGGAAGAAGGCGCCGUCGUGCGGGUGCGGGAACAGAUAACAGCAAUCAAAAUCAGGGAGAUCAAGAUGCUUAAAUCGGGCUCAGAGAUAUUGACAUCAUACUGA